UAUCCCGUUUCUCAUGUCAGUUUGCAUCUGUUAUAUGAUUUGUUUGCCUAUGGUGAAUUUGAAUCGGUUAUAUUUAUUUGAACAGGUUAUGUGUUUCUUAACACAAGAAAAACAUGCCAUCAACAAAGAAAAAUCAGUAUGAUUCUAAUUGGGAUUCUGGAUCAGAAUCUGAUAAUCGAUCAGGAUCGUCUAGAUCAAGUCGUAGCGGUACACCUAACUCUAAUACUGCAAAUUCUACACAUGAUAGAAAUUCGGAUAAUGAAAAUGAAGCACGAUCAGUGGGUUCUGAUAUUAGUGAAAGAUCUUCUAAACAAAAUUCUAAAAGUCCAUCUCCAGUUAGAUCAGAUUCUAGACAUUCAAGUAUUGGGUCUACACAUAGUCAGAAAUCUGGUUCUCAAAGAUCUAGAUCUGGUAGUCCAAAAUCAGUUAUAUCAAAUAAUAAUGAUUCACAAAGAUCUCAAUUAUGUUCUCCAAAAGAAAGAAUAUCUGAAAGUCCAAUAUCUCCAAAAGUAACGAAAUCUGAUUUUGCAAGGAAUGAACCAAAAUCUGAACAAAAAUCAGAAAGCCCAGAAGAAAAUAAAGAUGAUAAUGAAUAUGAAAAAUCCUUGAAAACAGGAGGUAGUAUAAAAUCAAAUGAUGAUGGAGAAUCAAGUCCAGUACAUAAAGAAAAUAAUAGUGGUUCUACUUCAGAAGCAGAUGAUAAAACAAAAAGAAUAAAACCAUUAAUAGAUUCUGAUUCAGAAAGUGAACCAAGAGAUAAACAAACUUUAGCACCAACAGCAGAUGCUCUUUUUGGAGACGCUAGUGAUAUUAGCACAGAUGAUGAAAAAGACAAAGAAGAAGAGAAAAGAGAGAAGAGUUAUAGCAAAAGUAGAAGUAGAAGCAGAAGUAGAAGUAGGAGCAGGAGCAGGAGCAGAAGCAGAAGCAGAAGUAAAAGCAGAAGUCGAAGUCGAAGUAGAAGUAGAAGUAGAAGUCAAGGUAGAUCUGAUAGUGGUGGUGAAGGUCCUAAUCAAACUGUGAUUGAAGAUGACAUGGAUAAAGAAAAAGAAGAAGAACCAGAACCUCCUCCAGAAACAAGAAUUGAUGUAGAAAUUCCAAAAAUCACUACAGAUUUAGGUCGUGAAAUACAUUUUGUAAAACUCCCAAAUUUUCUUUCAGUAGAAACGCGACCUUUUGAUACGGAAACAUAUGAAGAUGAAAUAGAUGAGGAAGAAACUUUAGAUGAAGAAGGUCGAGCAAGAUUGAAAUUAAAAGUUGAAAAUACUCUUCGUUGGAAAGAAACCUUUGAUGAUCAGGGAAAAGUUAUUAAAGAAAGUAAUGCUAGAUUUGUAAAAUGGUCUGAUGGCAGCAUGUCUCUACAUUUAGGUUCUGAAAUUUUUGAUGUAUAUAAACAACCACUUCAAGGAGAUCAUAAUCAUCUUUAUAUUCGACAAGGAACUGGUCUCCAAGGUCAGGCAGUAUUUAGAACUAAAUUGACAUUCCGUCCACAUUCUACAGAAUCUUUCACUCACAGAAAGAUGACAAUGUCUUUGGCUGAUAGGUCACAAAAAACUUCUGGUAUAAAAGUAUUAUCACAAGUAGGAACUAAUCCAGAUCAAAAUAGAUAUGAAAUGAUUAAGAAAGAAGAAGAAAAAUUGCGCAUGGCAAUGCGAGUUCAAAGUAAAACAAAAAAGAGUACUGCAAGUAGAGGAACUACUGGAAGAUCUGUUGGUGGAUAUGGUGGUGAUACUUACCAUGAUGAUGGUUCAGAUGAUGAAGGAGCUAUUUCUCUUGCAGCAAUUAAGAAUAAAUAUAAAAAAGGAAUGAAUAUUCCAGUUAAAGCAUCGAAUAUAUAUUCAUCAGAUGAAGAAGGUUCAGAUUUUGAAACUUUAAGACCAAAAAAAAAUAUUAAGGGAAAGGUUCUAAAAGAUUCAGAUGAAGAAUCAAAUUCUGGAAGUGCUUCGGGAAGUGGAAGAGAUGACAAUCAAGGUGAUAAUGCCAGUGAUUAAAUCAUUAUUUUAAUUUAUAGUAAAGUAUAAAUAAAUAAAUUAACAUUUCUUUUGACAUAAUAAAACUAA